UCAGUCCCCUGCCCCGACAUCCCACGCAGUGGCAGAAAGUUGUGGCGAGUGCUGCGGCGGCGGCUGCUGCAGGUCGGGGCAGAGGCGUCCUCUCUGCCGAGUGUAGCAGCCCCCAGUUCCCCUCCCUCUCCCCAGCCCCCGCCCCCGCCAGGUUCCCCCCCCCCCCUUUCGCUUGGCUGACCCGCGGCAGAUCGGCCCGUUCUCGCCUCUCCACCGUCCCUCCCUUUUUUCCUCAAGUCCUGAAGUUGAGUUUGCGAGGCGACACGGCGGCGGCGGCCGCGCUGCUCCCGCUCCUCUGCCUCCCCAUGGAUAUGCACUGCAAAGCAGACCCCUUCUCCGCGAUGCACCCAGGGCACGGGGGUGUCAACCAGCUCGGGGGGGUGUUUGUGAAUGGACGGCCCCUGCCAGAUGUGGUGCGGCAGCGUAUUGUGGAGCUCGCCCACCAGGGAGUACGGCCUUGUGACAUCUCUCGGCAACUGCGGGUCAGCCACGGCUGUGUCAGCAAGAUUCUGGGCAGGUACUACGAAACGGGCAGCAUCAAACCCGGGGUGAUCGGCGGCUCCAAGCCCAAGGUGGCUACACCCAAAGUAGUGGACAAGAUCGCUGAAUACAAGCGGCAGAAUCCGACCAUGUUCGCCUGGGAGAUACGCGACCGACUGUUGGCGGAAGGAAUCUGCGACAACGACACAGUGCCCAGCGUCUCUUCCAUCAACAGGAUCAUCCGGACCAAAGUUCAGCAGCCUUUCCACCCGACCCCAGAUGGGACAGGGACAGGAGUGACAGCUCCUGGACACACCAUAGUUCCCAGCACGGCCUCCCCUCCUGUUUCCAGCGCCUCCAAUGACCCUGUAGGCUCAUACUCCAUCAAUGGGAUCCUGGGGAUUCCUCGCUCCAAUGGUGAGAAGAGGAAACGUGAUGAAGAUGUGCCUGAGGGCUCCGUCCCGAAUGGAGACUCCCAGAGUGGCGUGGACAGUUUGCGGAAGCACUUGAGAGCAGAUACCUUCACUCAGCAACAACUGGAAGCUUUAGAUCGGGUCUUUGAGCGUCCUUCCUACCCCGAUGUUUUCCAGACAUCAGAGCACAUCAAAUCGGAGCAGGGGAAUGAGUACUCCCUCCCAGCUCUGACCCCUGGGCUUGAUGAAGUCAAAUCCAGUCUAUCUGCCUCAGCAAAUCCCGACCUGGGGAGCAACGUGUCGGGAACCCAGACGUACCCCGUGGUCACCGGUCGUGACAUGGCGAGUACCACCCUGCCCGGUUAUCCCCCCCAUGUUCCUCCCACUGGCCAGGGAAGCUACCCCACCUCUACCCUGGCAGGAAUGGUGCCUGGAAGUGAGUUCUCAGGCAACCCCUACAGCCACCCUCAGUACACAACCUACAAUGAGGCCUGGAGAUUCAGCAACCCGGCCUUACUAAGUUCCCCUUAUUAUUAUAGUGCCACCCCCCGGGGCUCCGCCCCUGCCGCUGCUGCCGCUGCCUAUGACCGCCACUAGUUACCGCGGAGACCACAUCAAGCUUCAGGCCGACAGCUUCGGCCUGCACAUUGUCCCCGUCUGAAGCCCGCCCGCCUGCUCGCCCGCUCGCUCGCCGCUGGCCUCUCUCCCGCCGCUGGCCUCUCUCCCGCCGCCACUCACGGAGGGAGGGAGGAUCCACGCCACGCCACGCGACGGGACGGGACGCUACGCCUCCCAGUUGGCCCCCGUCCUUCCCAUUUCCCUCUUUCCUCCCCCGCAGUCUUUCUUUAAAUCCGGGACCCGUUAAGACGGGACAGGCUGAGUCUCGGGAGGAUCCCGCAGACCCCGCCUUCUGCCCCUCUCUGGCCUCUGCCUCGCCGCCUUCCGCAGCCUCCUCUAGGUCCGCGGGGAGGGAGGCGAAGGGAUGCGCCCUAACCUGGUCAGGCGCCCGCCUCCUCCCUCUCGGUGCGCCACCUCGGGCCGGGGCAGGGACUUGUGGCGUUGGCCGGGGUGUAGGACGCCCAGCCUAGAACGGGUCUGCUAGCCUGGGCCUGGGCCAAGUCGGGCGGGCUGGACUAUCAGAGCGGGAACAGCAUUCAGGCCCCACCCAACCCGACCCGGUCAGGCCCGCCCUGGUCCGCCCCUCCCCGUCCCGCACCUGCAGGACCGGAAGGAGAGAGAGCGAAACGGUGUUAAGCCGCUUUGCCGGGAAGGCUUGGGGAAAGAAAAUCCCGAACAAAAAAGUUAUAAACUAAAGGAAAGAACGACCCACCUGAUCCCUAGUGCGCUGGGCUCUCUCCCUCCAUCCCCAGCCCAGGACGUAAGGGGGAAUGUGAUGCAGAAUGUCUGUGGAGCCUGAGGCCUGCGGGACUAUCUCUGCUGAGGGGACACAGGGCAAUAACCCUGUUCCAGAUAACUCGACUUAAGUCUGGUUCUUUCCUUUUCCCACCCAAACCGCUACACCCUAUACCAUCACUACUGCCCCUGUUGCUGUUUGUCGCUGUUUCCUGCCCCAGCCCCCAUGGGCUUCCCGGAACCCUGGGACCCACCUGACCCUGCAUUUCAGACGCCUCCCCACUCUCUCUCAGCUUUUACAAUCGUGUUCAAUCUCAGUUGGGCCGGGUCACCCUAGAGCAAUGGGUCCCAGGCCCCGUCCCAGCCCUGUUUCUGGAUAUAGCCCCUCAGUCUGGGGCUGGCCGGGUGGAACAGCCCUAGGCCAGCACGGUCCGCUCCUCCUCUCCCCGCGAAGCCAAGCCGUGGGGUUUGAGGUCCAAAUCGGGCCAGAAUAGGGCAAUAUCUGAGCUCUGGCUGCCUGAGAUGGGCUUGGGAGCCAGCAAAACUUCCACUAGUUGUGUCAGCGAGCCUGGGCAGGGACCUCAAAUUCUACAAUUAUUUAACAUUAUGGUAUUUGCAAAAAGAAAAAAAAAAGCCUAUGGCUGCUGCUUUAUAGAAAGACGGUGUGUGUUGUGUGAAGGCGAAUCCUCGUGUAUAUAAACCCUUCCAAUGCCCCUCCCGACCUGGGCCAUCCUGUAUCGUAGUGACUAAAGCCACCCGCUGCCCGCCUGUAGAUAAGCCCUGCUGUCUGUGCUGUGAGAGUCGCCGCUCACUUUGGGGGGGGAGGGGGGAGGAGGGAAGAGAUGGGGGGAGGGGGUACACAAGAUACAUACCCAAUAAAGCACAGCACGUGGGGGAGGGGCGCGGGGCAGGGGGGGGGAUUUUUUUUAAGUUGCAAAAAAAAAAAAAAAAAAAAAAAAAGGUUUGAAAGAAAAGAAAUCACUAUGCAAAAUGACUCCUGUGGACUCCUCUCCUGUGGUUGUUACCUUUUAAACCAUCUCUCUCGGUCCCGUGCUUCCGUCCCGUUUCUCUUUCUGUGUCUCUUUUCUCUAAUACUGGCUUCUCCCUCACCAUCUCCUCCUAUACCAGGCUUGACUUGCCAUCCUUGAGCUCUCAGUCCUGCCUGGCCCCCAGAUCUGCACCCUCCUGUCUUGGGAAACUAAUGGCUUGAGCAGCCCUUCCACUCUCCUCCUUCCCCCCCGCCCCACUCCGUGCCAGUAACUUGUCUUCUAAUCUCUUUUUUCCUCACUCUAUCCUUCUCCCUCCCCUUUUUCCUCCUUCCCUGCCUCUUUGCUCUCUUCUUCACUCCUCUACACGCUUUCUCUCUCCACUCUGCUUCUCUUCUCUCUUUUUCUUUCCUCUCUUUCCUCUUUCUUCUGGUCCCUUCCCCAGAGCGGCUGUGCCUGCAUGUUUCCUCACCUGUGGAUAGUGACGACUCGAAAUAACAGAAACAAAGUCAAUAAAAAGUGAAAAAAAAAUUUUUUUUUAACUGGAAGAGUCCGGAGCCCGAGCCUCAGGGAGGCUUCCUCCAGCCUAACCCACCUGGCGGGUCUCUGAACUUUCUCCCAGAACUUUACCGAGAAAGUGAGAAAACACAAUGGUUUUAAUGAACUGUCGGCGCCCCGGGGCGAACCCUGCCCUGAGUCUAGUCAGAACAACUGACUGACAGGGCAGGGACCUGAGCCUGGGAGACUCUGAAAGUCACCCUCAGCCUAGGAUUGACCCUUAGCCUCCCUCAGCCUUCCCCAGCUUCCUUCAGCCUCCCUCAGCGCCGGUUCUGUUUGAUUCCUUUUGUGCACAUGAGAAAUAAAUAAAUAAAUAAAUAAAUAAUAAUAAAUAAUAAUAAAUAAAAUUUUGUAUGUCAUUCCCAA